GUCUUUUCUUUUUAAAAAAAAACUCUUUGUAAUGCAACUAGAGGAUGUACAAAAAGUGCUUCAUGAGUUAUCAACAUUUACACAGUUUGUUAUUGCAACUAUAGGCAUUUAUGUAAUAUUAUCACCAGUCUUUCAACAUUUGGAUUAUAAUACAUCAUCGCUUAACUUUGUUGUUCGUUUCCUUACAUUCAUCUUUCAAUUCAUUGGACUUCCUGAUCUAACACAAUAUACAAGACCCAAGGAGUACUAUGAGAAAUUAGCAAAGCAACUGAAUGGUAGCUUAAUUAAAGUAUACACGUUUUUAUAUUCAACAUGAUCUAUUAUAGAAAGCGAGCUAGCCACCACUCGCCACGCUGCACGUAUUUGUGUAGCUUCCCAUAUUCCUUCUUACGAUCCUUCUGCACUUGUUUCAGGCCUUGUUAACACUGGUAACUCUUGCU